AUCAAGUUCAAGGUCAUUAAUACUUUGGAGGAGCGACGAAUAUUUUGAAUAUUAUUGAGAUAAAACAAGUUUACACCAUAUAUAAAAUCAAUGUAUCGCUUCCAACUUAAGCCAUACAGAGACGCUACAUGUUGAACUAUACAUUACUUUAGUUGAUACUGCAGCAUAGCCAAAAUAACGGAUAGAAGUGGCACUUCCGGUUAUUUUAAAAAAUUUGGCGGGAAAUCACAAAGUAUUUUUAUUCAGAUUGCCUUGUAUAAAUCAUACUAGUGUCAUCAUGGGAAUACAUGGACUUUCAAAAGUGAUAGGCGACAACGCUCCGAGUGCUGUCAAAGAAAAUGAAAUCAAAAAUUAUUUUGGACGCAAGGUUGCAAUUGAUGCCUCUAUGAGUAUAUACCAGUUCCUGAUAGCAGUAAGACAAGAUGGAAGUGCACUGACCAAUGAAGCAGGGGAAACAACAAGUCACCUUAUGGGAAUAUUUUACCGGACGAUCCGUAUGCUUGACAAUGGGAUAAAGCCUGUGUAUGUAUUUGAUGGCAAGCCACCAGAAAUGAAGUCAGGGGAGUUAGAGAAGCGUAAAGAACGACGUGAGGUGGCAGAGAAAGAACUGGCAAAGGCUGAGGAAGCAGGGGACCAAGAGAAUGUGGAAAGAUUCAAUAAGCGACUGGUGAAAGUUACCAAGGAACAUAGCAACGAAUGCAAACAGCUUUUAGAGCUCAUGGGUGUUCCAUAUGUUGAUGCUCCAUGUGAGGCAGAAGCCCAAUGUGCUGAACUUGUAAAAACUGGUAAAGUCUAUGCUGUUGGUACAGAAGAUAUGGAUGCUCUUACAUUUGGUACUUCUGUUCUGCUUCGUCACCUCACCUUUAGUGAAGCCAGAAAAAUGCCAAUCAAAGAAUUCCACCUGAGGCUUGUCCUUGAGGGACUAGACAUGUCUGAAGAAGAAUUCAUAGAUCUCUGUAUAUUGCUUGGUUGUGACUAUUGUGACUCUAUCAGGGGAAUCGGACCUAAACGAGCAGUUGAACUCGUCAAGCAGCAUAAAAAUAUUGAAACAAUCUUAAAAAAUAUAGAUACUAAAAAAUACACCAUACCUGAAGACUGGAUGUAUAAAGAAGCAAGGCGACUCUUUAAGGAACCUGAUGUUACAGCAGGAGCUGAUGUUGAAUUGAAAUGGACUGCACCUAAAGAAGAGGAGCUCAUAAAGUACAUGUGUGAGGAGAAGGGAUUCAAUGAAGAUCGAAUCAGGAAUGGUAUUAAAAAGAUAAAAAGUUCACGAACUGGUUCAACUCAAGGAAGACUUGACAGCUUCUUUAAAGUGACAUCAGUCACAUCAUCAACCACUCCUAAACGUAAAGCUGAUGAGAAAAAAGGAUCUGCAAAGAAAGCUAAAGGCUCCAGUGGUUUCAGACGAGGGAAAUAAACAUCUAAUCAAAACUAUAAAACAUUUGUAGCAUUUGAACUAAACUGCCAAAUAUGGAAACAUUCUUCGUGAAAGGCAUAAAAUGUUUUACAUGAGGAGAUUGUGCUCUUUGUUAUUUUGUGGAGAACUUCUAUUAUGGGAUGCACAGAAAUGAACUGAAUUUUGUAUUGCAAUUACCUGUCAGGAUUUGUACCAUACAUGCACAUAUUUGGAGAUAUACCAUGCCCAUAGUUGGAGA